CCAGGGAACGAACUCACGAUUGCCUGCUUGCAAGGCAGGCGCUUAUGCCGCUGGGCUAAAUCCCCAGCCCCAGAACUAUUUUUUUCUUAGUGUCCAAAACAUUAAUUUCUGCUCUGAUCAUUAUAGUAUCCUCACUAAUACAAUCUUUGGCCUUGAUUUGUUUUUCUUUUUCUAGAAGUUUGAGGUUCAAUGUUAGGUUGUUAUUUGAGAUUGCUCUGUUUUCCUGACAUGAGCAUUCACUACUGUAGAUUUCCUUCAUAGCACUGCUUUCAUUGUGUCCUCUAAGUUUCAGUAUGUUGUAUUGGCAUAAUCAUGGCAUAAUCACUUAAUUGUCUAAUUUCUUCUUUAAUUUCAUCUGUUACCUGUUAGUUAUUCAGGAAGGUGUUAAAUAACUUCCAUGAAUGUGUGAAGUUUUUGUGGUUUCUUUUGCUAUUGAUUUCCAUGUUCAUUGCAGUAUGGGCUGAUAAGAUGCAUGGGGUAAUUCCGUCCCUUUGCAUUUACUUGCGUGUGUUCUGUGAGCUAUUGUGUGUCUUGGAGAAUGUCCCGUAUGCAGCCGAGAAGCAUGUGUGUCCUGAUCUGUGGGGUGAACACUGCAGGCAUCGAUUCAGUCCAUUUGUUCAAAAGUUUUGGUCAGCUCUGACAUUUCUUUAUUGAGUAUUUGUUUUGGGGGGGGGGGUUGUCCAUUUUUCUUUUGUGACAGUAGGCUCAUGAGGUUCCCCAUUAUAAUUUAUUAGUGCUUAUUUGGUUUUUCAUGUCCUUAAUAUGUUUUAUAUAGUUGGAUGCCCUGGUAUUUAUGGAUGCCUAUGUAUUUAUGAUUGUUACCUCUUCCUCUUGGAUCAUUCCUUCUGCAAGGAUGUAGUGACUUUCUUUGUCUCUCAUUCAAUCUUGACUUGAAAUCCACUUUGUCUGCAAAGAGAAUAGAUACUGGGCUGGGGAUUUAGCUCAGCAGCAUAAGCACCUGCUUUCCCAGCACGAGGUCAUGAGUUUGAUUCCCGGUACCAAAAAAAAAGAAUGGAUACUGCUGCUUUUUUCCAGGUUCCUGUGCAUGGAGUAUUGUUUUCCAUCCAUUGACUUUAUCUAUGAAUUUCUUUUUUUUUUUUAAGUUAAAUGUUUUUCUUAUAUGCAGCAUAUGGUGGCGUCUUGCUUCUUGAUCCAUUCUGCCAGUCUGUUUCUUUUAAUUGAUGAAUUGAGUUUUUUUUCUUCUUUCUUUCUUUCUUUCUUUCUUUUUUUUUUUUUUGUUUUUUGAGACAAGGUCUUGCUCAGGCUGGCCUUGAGUUCACUUUGUAGCCCCAGAGUGGUCUCAAACUUGCAGCAAUCCUCCUGCCUCAGCCUCACAAGUGCUGGGAUUGCAGGUGUGUGCUGUCACACCCAGCUGAGACCGUGUACGUUGAAGGUUUGAACUGAUACAUACAGAUUUAUCCUUGUCCUGUCUUUGGUUCCUCCCCACCCCGUCACUAUUUAAGUGUUCUUUUGCCUGGUGGAUUCAUUCUGUGGGAGUUUUUGUAGUCCUUGUUACCUCUUUCUCGAAUGUCCUCAGAACAUCGUGGUGUACUGGCUCAUGAAUUUCCUCACGUGCUGUUUGUCAUGUUCUUAUUUCUGCAUCAAUUUUAAAAGAUCUGGGCUGGAAGUUGAUUUCUUUUAGAGCUUUAAGUACUUCACUCCACCCUCUUGACUUGAGGGUUUAAGAGGUCUGCCGUUGAUUCUCAUUGGCUUCCCUUUAUAGAUGAUUUGUUUCUUUUCUUUAACAGCUUUUAAUAUUCUGUUGUUGUGCUGAAUUUCUGGAAUCUUGACUAUUAUAUGCCCUGGUGUAGUUUUUUGGAUUUUUUCUGUUUGUUUGUUUGUUUGUUUGUUUUGUCAUGGCUAAUUAGAGUUCUGUGUGCCUCAGUUAUCUGUCUAUCAAGUUCUUUUUCCCCGCUUGGAAGUUUUUGCGCUGACUUCUAUGAACAGGUUUUUUUAUGUCAUUUUGUUACUCUUCUUUUCAUCAUUUAACAACUCUUGGAUUGAUUUUUUUGUGAUCCCUUGCUAUUUUUAAGGAAUCCUGUCUAUAUGAGAUUGUCCUCACAUUGGUUUAUUCUGCUAAAAGUAUUUGCAGUGGGGUCUGUAAUCUCCUGGAUAGUUUGAAUCUGCUCUAUGGAUGGCAUUUCUUUCCUGUGUUUCCAUUUUUCCAUCGUUUUCCUAAGCCCUUCUGUUUUGUUACCUGUGUUUGCUCUAUGUCACUGUGCAUGUCUUUGUCACCAUCUCUAGUUAUCUGUGAGGUAUUUCUGCCUUGAUUUUUUUUCUAGAGUUCAUUCAGCUGCUUUUGGGUUUUGAUUGCUCCACCUUAUUGUCCCCUGGGUUUGCCUUUGGUGAGCUGGAAAUCUGGAGUUGCAUUUUGUUUUUCAUUGUCUUGUUUUUUGGGGUUUUGUUUUUGGUCUGUAGUUUAAUUCCUGCGUUGGUGCUUGUAAAUUCCUUAUGACCAAUAGCUUUAUUGCUAAUAUUGAGAACCCUUAGAAAAAUGGCUCCUUCGCAAAGAUGUCUUUAGGUGUAGCUGCUUUUGAGUUUUAUUCUGUGGGAAGAUACUGCCUGUUCAGUUUAUUGAGAAUGAGGAGUUGGUACCUUUUUGACCCGGCCCUGGCAUUUGGCCUGUGGUAUUGUUUAUGACCCUUGGCAGUCUCAUUCUUGGCAUAGCAAGAACAGCUGAUUAGAAAAAUGAUGUCACAUUGGUAAAGUGGUACCAUCAGCAGUAGCAUCAAAUGCAGCCUAGAAAAUGACAAGCUGUGGUCAUUACUAAUUUACCAUCUUUAACUGUAUGGACUAUAUCUGUUAUUAGAUAAUGUUGAGGUUUGUGUCUGGAUGUCCCCCAAAGCCUCAUGCAGGCAUGGGGGCAGGCUGCUAGAAUUUGUAAUUGAUUCAUGCUCCAGUGCUGGAAUUGUGGGUGUGAGUGCUACACCCUCCCUAGGGUGGGUGUGACCUCCAUACAGUGUAAGGGACAGAAAGUCUUCUCUCUUACACUCCUCCCUUUUUGCUCUGGUUGCUUUUGCUGUCUUCUGUCACCAUGAACUGUUUGUUCUCUGCCAUGAACCACCUUGCCUUGGAGCCAGCCAAUUGUGGACUGAAACCUCCACAAACUAAGCUUAAUAAACCUUUCUUCCUUGAUUUUGGAUGUUGGGUAUUUUUUUCCACCAAUGAGAGAAAAGUAAUCAAGACAGAUAACAAAGCCUAAAAUGAACCAGAAAAUUGUAUACAAUAAGUAUUCCCUUAAUGUGGUAAUGUUACCUUCAGGGGAGAAAACAUUGAAAACAAUUAGGGGCAAAAAAUAGAGAAAUAGAAGAAGAGGGGGAGAUUAGAAGCAAGGCUGAAGGAAGAUUACUCAACUUUAGGAAAUUUGGUGAUUAAGAGAGGGAAGAAGUAAAAACAACAGUUGUUACUCCCCCUGAAAGAAAAAACAGUGUCCACUUCAGGGUGUGUGUCUGCUGUCACUGGUAGACAACGUGGACAGGCAGAGCCCAGGACCAUGGGAAAGAAUCCCAGCAAACCAAACAUAGGUGUACGUACACAGGUCCCACUGUGUGGUCAGCCUGGUUUCCAGCAGUGAGGCUGGCACCUGAUUUGUUUGGCCCACAACAUGCCAUGUGCCUCCUGUGAGCUUGGACUCGGCUCCCUGAGCUCCUACCAGUCUUUACCUGGUUCUGGCGCACCUGACACUGGGAGCCGAUAAAUGGAACCAGCCGAAACCCGCUCCAAGUUUGGAAUCCUUACCUCAGUUGGCCUGUCUCCAAGACGGCUACCAGCCGUCUACCAUCCUCUCCUAACAGGUGUCUGACUCCGGAUAACCGCUGCGGUCCACUGCUCCAGUCUACUGGUGCAUUUCUCUGCAGAGGCCAAUGGUCACUGCAAACGCAGGUCCAGUCCUCUCCCCCAGGGUGGCUCAGGGCUCAGGGACAAGGCACUGCUUGCCCACCUCUGCUCGGCACUGAGGUCUCUCGGCUCUCUCAUUGGCUUUACUUCUUGCUUCAGAUCUGUGCUGGGUCGCAGGGGUGUGCUCUCUCUGUCUCUCAUCCUCACAUUGCUAUGUUUUGGCAUCUGGACACCAAAUCUCAGAGAAGGUGUUUCUUUUCUGUUCGCCACUAUACUCUUUUGGAAGUCUGCACCACCUUUUUGUUUUGGUUUUUGUUUGGUUGGUUGGUUUUUUGAGGCGGAGUCUCGCUAUGUGGUUUAGGCUGGCCUUGAACCGCUUGAACCUGUGCUGAUCCUCCUGUCUCAGUUCCCUGAGUGCUGGGAUUACAGAUUGCAUCACUAUGCCUGACACUGCACCUCUCUUUUAAAGCAGAAUGUAUUAUAUAUCUGCCACUUGUAGACUUUCAGGAAAUUAAGAUAUUUGUCAAGAAGCCAGUGUUUCCCUGGCUCAGCUGGAAAACCUGGCACUCAGAGGAAGUCGGGUGGGUGCCUCUUGUCAAGCACCUCUUGCCCCUGUUAAGUCUGCAGUGAGGAAAGUUACCCCAGAUUUCCACUCCUAAUACCCAGGGGCUGCCAGACAGGUGGCACAUGUCUGUAGUCCCAGCCCCUGGGGAACCUGAGGCAGGAGGCUUGAAAGGCAAAGGCCACCCUGAGUAACUCAGCCUCUGACUCAGACUCCAGAAACUAAAAGGGCAGAGCUCAGGGUUCAGCCCUCUCCCCUGCAGAAAUCCAACUGCACUGUAUCCAGCCCACGUGAAGGACAACCCGGCUGCCCGAGGAGGCCUGCAUGCAAGGAGUCGUGUGCUCUACAAGCUGAGGGCAGCGUGGCAGACUCGGCUGACACUGGGUGAACAUAAUUGUGUGUAACAGUGACAGGUGACACACGCGGGCAACACUGAGACUGCAGCACCUAGACCAAGACCACCUGUCCCUCUGCCCCUCCCCAGAAUGACCACAGUGCAGUGAACAGGUCAGGCCAGUCGCUACAGAGCACCUUGUGUGUGUGUGACCACGUCCCUGCCUGGCAGUCGGGUGCAUGGGCUGGAGCAGUCAGAAUCGCAGUGCCCAGGUGCUGGUACUCAGCACUGCAUUGCUGGACGAAUGCUCAGGAGCUGCACUGUCCCCUGGUAACUGCUAAGCCCCUGGCAUGUGGCCAGUGUGAUGGCAGAGCUGAGUUUCUAUUUAUUUUUAUUUUCUUAUGGCCUUGUUUGUUUGAAACAGUGGCCUAGCCAGACAUGGCUACGCAUGCCUGUAAUCCCAGCAUUUGAGAGGCUGAGGCAGAAGGAUCACCACGCAUUCAAGUCCAUCCUGGGCCACAAAAAAAGACCCUGUCUCCAAAAAACAAAACCACAAAAGCAAAGCAACCAUCUUGCUCUGCUGUCCGCAUGGCCUUGAACUCACUUCCUAGUCCCUCCCUCCCUUUCUUUUUUCCAUUUUGAGACAGGGUCUUGCUAAGACACUAAAUUGUCCAAACUGAGCUGACACUCAAGAUCCUCUGGGAUUAUAGGCAUGUGCCACCACCCCGGACUUGAAUUUUGUUUGUUUGGACUCAAGGCUCUUCAGACUUGGCCAUAGGAAGUGACCUUAAGUGGAGGGGAUCCCUGGCAAAGGGUCAGUUUCUCCGUGCCUGUCUCAGACACGGGGAGCUGUCAUUCCUGAUUUGGGUGGAUCUGUACCCCACUGGAUUCCUAGGUCAACAAAUCCUUCAGGAUUUUCCAUUUGACGAGGCUGACAUUAAAAUUGAAAUACUCAAAAUCCCAUAUUAUGCUUUGCUCUGUUUGUAGGGAGGGACGCUGCUCUAGACAGAGAUGUCUUGACUUACUAUGUAACCCAGAGUGAUCUCAAACUUGUAGGGAUCCUCCUGCUUAAGCCUCCUGAGUACUAAGUUUACAGGCAUGUGCUACAUGCCCAGUUUAAACCUGUAUUUUUAAAAAAUAAAAUAGCAAACUCACUGAAAUCAGUGAGGACAUUAACAAUUCUAAUAUAGUAGCCAGGUGCCGAGGUGCAGCUUGUGGUCUCAGCAGACAGGGAAGCCGAGGCACAGGACCACAAGUUCCAGGCCAGCCUGGGCACCUUAGCUACUCAGCAGACCUAGUCUCGAAAUAAGGGUCAAGUGUGUUAGUCCAGGGACAAAGGCCCCUGGGAAAAUUAUAAUAGUUUAUUUCCCAGAAAACAGCCGGACCCCGAUGGGAGGGGCAACUGGGAAGGAACCGGGGAUCCUGGAGAUGCGGAGAAGAGCCCUGGGCCUGCGCAGCUUCCGCAGCGACCCGAACCGCCGGUGCCGGGUCCACGCCGCACCCUUCGGCACACCGAGUGACCCAUCCAGCCUGGACCCCGAGCCCUGGUCCCCAGCUCCCGGUGCUGCGUCCCCGUUGUUUGGCUCGGGAAAUGGCGCACCUGGGCAGGCGAUGGGUGCUUAACAAAGGCGGGGACCCGGUCCCCCAUCCUUGGCGAUUACCGGGUCGGUGCUCCCGGGCCGAGCCUUUGUGCCGGCGUCUCCGCUCUCCACCGCUGGAGGGCAGCCUGAGCCGGGGACCAGGGCGGGGCCGGGGUGGGGCGGGCACUGGCUCGCGCCCGGACCGCGGUGCCAUGGGGGAGGCGGCAGCCGGGGACCCCAGCUACCUGGGUCGCUGCUUCGUGCGCCGCCGCGUGUGCGCGUCCUUCGCGCUGUGGCUCUGCGCCGCCUGCUGCUGGGUCGCCGCCCACGCGCUGCUUCUCUACCUGAGAUGUGCAGCGAAACCCAGACAGGACCCAGCAGCCCUGUGUGCUGCAUGCCGCCUCCUAAGCAGCCUGUGUGACGUGGCAGGUGCGGCUCUGGCCAGGCAGCUCCCGAUCCAGGUCUUCACGGGCGCCUAUCUGGCAGCUGUGGACCUGCUGGGCUUCCUGAGCAUCGUCUUCCGGCCCUGCACAUCCCCGCACCGGCUGGAUGUGGGUCCGGGCACACGAGCAAGGACGAGGCGGCGGCGUUGGCAGCGGCUUCGGACCCCGGUGUUCGUCCUGGCCCUGCUGCUGGGCCUGGUCCCAGGCUGGGCGCUCUGGGCAGCUGUCCCCAAGAUGUGGGUUCCAGUCCCAGGAUCUCAGCGAAGACUUCUGGGAAACCUGCCCCCGGAAACCACCGACGUCCUCGGCUACCUGCUGGGGGGCAUCGCAGUCCUUGGCGCCUGGGCAUCCCAGAUCCCCCCACUCUGCAGAAUCGGCCAGGGGAAGCCCUUCUCCUGUAUCCACCUAUGGUCCAGGUUCCUGGAUGCCCUGGCCGGGCUCCUCUACGCCUCAGCCAUUGUGGCCCACGACCAGCGGCCCAAGUACCUGCUGCGGGCCAUGCCCUGGUUCCUGACAUCCCUGGGCCAUGCCGCACUGGACCUCGCUCUCAUCCCCGUCUCCUGUGUGGUAAGGACCAGGGCAAGAAGAGCCGUGGAGCCGAGUGGGAGCCCCGACAGCCAGGUGCUGCUGCCCCGCACCAGCGGAGCAGACGGGAGCCCGGAGACGGGGCCCAGGGACCAGGGUUCAGACUGGGUGCAGCUCAGCACACUGUGGAACUGUAAGUCCCUGCGGACGGUGGCUGCCAUUAGUCCCACAGAGCUGACCUUGGGGCUGGUGCAGCAGGUAGCCUGUGGUACAGUGAAGCUGCCCAACGACGGACAGACAGAUGGAUGCAUGAGGGUGGGGGACACGACCCUGCAGAAGCUGCCCUCCUCCCCACCCAUGCAGUGUCCCCGGGCCUGGACAUCAUCCACCAGCUUGUCCGAGGCCUUAUCUGUCACCUCAGACCUGGAGGACCGGGAUCUCUGAACCCACAGCUUUGGCGGAGGCUCCUGCUGUGGCCACUGCAAGAGGAGCCACACACUGGGUCCUGUGUUCCGAUCAGCUGCCCUGGAGAGCAGGAGGCUCUAGGCUGCGACCCUCAGACUGCCAUGCAACCCUGCAGAGUCCCUUAAACUCCAAAGCCAUGCUGUUCAAGGCUAUCUAAAGCUACUCUCUGAGAAACACUGUCCUCAGAAAUCACUUGAAAACCCAUCUGUUAGCCGGGUGUGGUGGAACACUUCUGUAAUCCCAGCGCGCAGGAGGCCUGAGGCAGGCAGAUCAUUGCAAGUUUGAGACCAGCCUGGGCUACAAAGUAAGCUCAAGGUCAGCCUGAACUGUGUAGUGAGACCCUGUCUCAAAAAGACAAAAAAAAAAGAAAGAAAAGAAAACCCGUCUGUUGAUGUAGAAGGGACAUAAAUAAAUAGAUAAAUAAAAUAAA